AUGGCUUCAUUUCAUGGGAUAUUGUUGUUAUUAUGUGUCUCAGCGAGUGCCAUGACGACACACAGGUCCCACAGGAGUAAACGUGGUUUGCUGGAGCUGGCGGGAGCAAUCAAGUGCAGCACUGGGCGAUCGGCUUGGUCCUACCUGAUGUACGGCUGCUACUGCGGACUGGGGGGCCAGGGCUGGCCCAGGGACCGAGCAGACUGGUGUUGCCACAGACAUGAUUGCUGUUAUGGAGAGGCUGAAGUUGUCGGCUGCCAGACCAAAACAAGGAACUAUGACUGGAUCUGUGAGGACAAAAAGGCUGAAUGUGAGGAUCCAAAGGACAUGUGUGAAAAGGUCAUCUGCAAGUAUUGGCUCAUUAAACAAAUAAAGAGAUACAAAUACAGCAGCCUUGAAACAGUACAGCAGCCUGGGUCAGCAUACAGCAGCCUGGGUCAGUAUACAGCAGCCUGGGUCAGUAUACAGCAGCCUGGGUCAGUAUACAGCAGCCUGGGUCAGUAUACUGCAGCCUGGGUCGGUAUACAGCAGCCUGGGUCAGUAUACAGCAGCCUGGGUCAGUAUACUGCAGCCUGGGUCGGUAUACAGCAGCCUGGGUCGGUAUACAGCAGCCUGGGUCAGUAUACAGCCGUCUGGGUCAGUAUACUGCAGCCUGGGUCAGUAUACUGCAGCCUGGGUCGGUAUACCAGAGUCUGGGUCAGCAUACAGCAGCCUGGGUCAGCAUACUGCAGCCUGGGUCAGCAUACUGCAGCCUGGGUCAGUAUACAGCAGCCUGGGUCAGUAUACAGCAGCCUGGGUCAGCAUACUGCAGCCUGGGUCAGUAUACAGCAGCCUGGGUCAGUAUACAGCAGCCUGGGUCAGUAUACAGCAGCCUGGGUCAGUAUACAGCAGCCUGGGUCAGUAUACAGCAGCCUGGUUCAGUAUACAGCAGCCUGGGUCAGUAUAGAGCAGUCUGGACCAGUACAGCAGCCAGGAUUCAGAUGGACUCCCUAA